AUGCACGCGCAUGAACCUGACAGCGACACGCCGGCCGGCGCUGGAACGAACUCAUCGACAAGCCUGACUCCUGAGAGAGGGGGCCGGAACAGGCCGCUGCGGGCGCGGCACACCUACCCGCCGCCCAGAACCGCAUGCGACCACGCCUCCGGCUUUACUCGAGCUAGCCAGCUAGCUAUAGGCAUGGCUGCGGCGGCAUCCACCGUGCACGCGUGUCGUCGUCGUCGCUUCGUCCUGCCAAUGCUCCUGCUCCUCCUGGCGGUCGUGCGGGCGCGCGUGACGGCGCUGAUCGUGUUCGGCGACUCCACGGUGGACGCCGGCAACAACAACGCCGUCCCAACGGCGGUGCGGAGCAACUUCCCGCCCUACGGCCGCGACUUCCCGGGGGGCCGCGCCACGGGGCGGUUCAGCAACGGCCGCGUCGCCACCGACUUCUACUCGGAGGCGCUUGGGCUCGGCCGCGCCUUCGUGCCGGCCUCCCUCGACCCGGACUACGGCAUCCGGGACUUUGCCCUCGGCGUCUGCUUCGCCUCCGCGGGAUCAGGGCUCGACGUCGCCACCUCGCGCGUCUUCGUAAGUACUCCUGCUAGUAUCAACCAGACGAUCGAGCAGAGUUGUGCGUGUUUUACUUUUGCUUUUUGUGCUCCAUCCGUCUCUUGCUUACGAACGCAUGCAUUCGCAGACGACGUUUUUCUUUUUGGCCGUUGCACAAAUUUUUAUUUAUUAACCUACACGGAGUUCACGGUGCCCAAGUACACGGAGUACCUGGUGGGCCUGGCCCGGGCGUUCCUGGCUGAGCUCUACGGCCUGGGCGCGCGCAGGAUCGGCUUCACGGGGCUCGCCGCCAUGGGCUGCCUGCCGCUGGAGCGCGCCCGCGUGGCCCGCGGAGGCUGCGACGAGGGGUACAACGCCGCGGCGCGCGCCUUCAACGUGGCGCUGGCGACCAUGGUCGCCGACCUGGGCGCCGAGCUGCCCGGCGCCGACAUCCGGGUGGCAGAGGUGUACGGCUUCUUCGAGGGCGUGGUGCGGGAGCCGGGGCGGCACGGGUUCGCGCGCGCCGACGUCGGGUGCUGCGGCACCGGGACGUACGAGAUGGGGUACCCCUGCGGCGCGUGGGCGGCGGCGCCCGGCGGGACGUGCCCGGACGCCGACCGCUACGUGUUCUGGGACGCCGUGCACCCCACGGAGCGCGCCAGCAGGCUCGUCGCCGAGCACCUCAUCAACUCCACCUUCGGCCACUUCGACAACUGA